CCUCUUUCACCAGCUUUGAAUUUCCAAAAAAGGAAAUAAAUAAAUCCACUAAAAGGAAAAAAGACUUUUACGCAUUUAUUAAAAUAGCAAUUCAGAACACCCUAUUAUGGAAAGUUUCAGAAAAGGAAACAACAGAUGAGAAGGGAGCCGUAUAAGUAGAAAGAGAGAUGAAUGUGCACACAAACGACGCUUGCUUUCUUACAAUUAUCAUUAUGGGAGGCGAAAAACGGAAAAUAGAUAUUAAGUUUAUCGAAGACAAAGCAGUAAGAUCAGUUACGUUUUGUAAACGACGUGAUGGUCUCUUCAGCAAAGCUUCUGAGCUCUGUCUUCUCUCGCCCGCCACUCAAAUCGCAAUCUUAGCGACUCCGCCUUCUACCAAUUCUCACGCUGGUUUCUACUCCUUUGGCCAUUCCUCUGUCGACCACGUCGUCUCUUCUCUACUUCACGACCAGUCUCCUGGUGAUCCGACAAACCAAGUAGAGAACAGAAGGUUAGGUUUUUGGUGGGAAGACCAAGCCUUGGAAAGAUUGGAGAGCGUCGACGAGUUGAGAGAUGCGACCGAUGCGGUUACUAGGAUGUUGAACAAUGUGAGGUUACGAUUAGAUGCCGUGAAGGGUAAUCAAAGAGGUGGAGCUUUAGUGAUCCAUCAAGAGGAGGCUCGGGCUCCUAAGAUUCGUAACACCAACAAGGAAAAAACGAAUCAAAUUACUAAUUCUGAAAGUUCUUGUGGUUUGGUGAUCCAUCAAGAUGAGGUCCCUCAGCUUUGUAACACCAACACGAACUACAAAAACGAAGAGACGACGACUCAAGUUGCUAAUUCUGAAGGUGCUUCUGGUUCUGGAAGUUCGGUAGAGAAAAAUGAUGAUAUUCUCCAUAUCGAUGAUUUGGAUAUUGAUGAUUUUUUUCAUUGAUUUCAAGUUUGAUCCAUUAUUUAAAACUAGCUGAUGCCCAGCGCAAAUGCGCAGGUUUAUUUUAUGAGGGUUUAUUUUAUGAUUAUGAUUUUAGUAAAAAGAUUUUAGAUCUUAACAAACAAACACAAUGGAUAGAAAAAAUAAUUAUAUACCAAUUAUUUUCUUACCCUUUCUUCUCACUUUAAAUUUUUUAUAGUGAAGUUUCUAAUCAUUCUUAUAAUUGUAGUUGUAAUGAAAAUGACCUUAUAAUUGACUAUACUGAACCGAACCGGAUUUUGGAUAAUUCGGUUCAUUACUCGGCUAAGUAAACAAAACCAAUCACAUAUAAAAUUGAAUUCAGUUUUCAGUUAUUAUUUUAAAGUGCCAUUUCUUUCAUUUUUCAAAAUAGUAAGGAUCGGUUUGGUUAAUGAAAACCGAACAAUUAACCGAUCUAAAAAAAAACUAAAAGAAAAAAAGUUUGUCACCCAAGUGUCUAAACCAAAUCUAAUUUCUCUUUUCGUUUUGUUCUCUGGGUACAACCGUCUCUUUCUUUUAUUGCAUCUCCUUCUUUAU